AUGAAGCCUGACUCGAGAAAGCCAAAGUCAAAAGAUUUUCUGUUUAUUUUCUUUGACUUGGAAACCCGUCAAGAUGAGUCCCUGCCCUCAGAUCCCGAGUCUAAAUUGCAUCAAGUAAACUUGUGUGUGUCCCAACAGUUUUGCUAUCAGUGUAUUGAGGCUAAAUUUUGUAUGGCUUGUAAAAAUCGAACAAGAGUCUUUAAAUCUGAACCAGUCAUUCAGUUCAUGGACUAUGUAAUGCAGGUCCGUAAAAAUUUCAAAGAUGUCUGUGUAAUCGCACACAAUGGGCAGGGCUUUGACUUCCAAUUUUUGCUCAAGUAUGUGCUAGAAGAUACAAAGUUCACCCCGAAACUUGUAAUGCGGGGAACUAAGGUAAUUUUGAUGGAAAUUGACAAUGUGAGGUUUGUUGAUUCACUUAGUUAUUUCCCUAUGCCUCUUGCUGCACUACCUAAAGCAUUUGACCUGCCUCCAGAAAAGAAGAAAGGCUAUUUUCCCCACCUUUUCAACACCCUUGAGAAUCAAAAUUAUGUGGGCCCUAUGCCGGCAAAGGAGUUUUACUGUCCAGAAUCUAUGUUUGAAAAAUCACACAAAGAUUUUGAAAACUGGUAUAAUGAUCAGGUUGCAAACCACGUUACAUUUGACUUUAAAAAAGAAAUCCUCGAGUACUGUAUCUCGGAUGUUGAUAUCUUGGCUCAAGCUUGUUUAAAGUUCCGUUCAAUUUUCCUGGAAGAGUGUAAUGUGGACCCGUUUCUCGAGGCUGUGACCAUCGCCAGCGCAUGCAAUUUAGCUUUUCGCAGGAACUUUUUGAAGAAAAAUACUAUUGGCAUCGUUCCUAAAAACGGUUAUAGGCUUACAGACGCCCAAUCGGCAAUCGCGUUACAGUGGCUAUCGUGGGAAGAGGAGAAACGUGGAGUUAGAAUUGAACACGCUGGCCGUGGAAAAGAAGUUAAGAUCAAUGGAAUGAAAGUUGAUGGGUAUGAUGGACAAAAUAUUUACGAAUUUCAAGGCUGCUACUUCCAUGGCUGUCCCAAAUGCUUUCCCUACGACCGUGAACUUGCUUUGAAAGAGGAUCCCUCUGACUCACUUCACUUGCGAUAUGAACGGACUAAAUCGAAAAUAGCAAAGUUGGGCGAUAACGUCGUACAAAUGUGGGAAUGUGAAUUUAGAAAGUUAAAAAAGACGGAAAACCUGAAACACCUAGAAAAGUUGCCGAUCCUCAACAAUUUACCUCUGAACCCGAGGCAAGCAUUUUUUGGGGGCCGAACCGGCAAUGCUAAAACCUAUCACAAAUGCGCUGAAGGGGAAACCAUUGAAUACGUGAAUGUAUGCUCUCUCUAUCCCUGGGUAUGUAAAUAUGGCAAGUACCCUGUAGGCCAUCCAACGAUCUAUGUAGGUGAUAGAGAGUGUAGGCAGAGAGGUCUUAAUGUUGAGGGUCUAUUGAAGUGUAAAGUACUCCCACCACGUGAUCUUUACCAUCCUGUGCUCCCGGCCAAAAUGAAUGACAAGUUAAUGUUUGUUUUGUGCGCGACUUGUGGAGAUGGUCAGAUUCAAAGUGAUUGUGACCAUGAAAGUGGUGACAGAGCACUAAUUGGGACCUGGACUAUGGACGAAGUUCGUAAAGCUGUAGAAAAGGGUUAUGUUGUACUCGACAUGUAUGAACUUUGGGAGUAUAAGGUAGCCACAUAUGAAAACGGAGGAUUGUUCACUGACUUUAUAAAUAAAUUUUUAAAAAUGAAACAGGAAGCAUCCGGGUUCCCGGGCUGGUGUGAAACCGAUGAGGACAAAAACAAGUACAUUGACGAUUAUUUUAAAAAAGAGGGUGUCCAGCUGGAAAAAGAUAAAAUUGUAAAGAAUGGUGGCUUGAGGUCUUUGGCUAAACUGAUGUUGAACUCGUUUUGGGGAAAAUUUGGUCAGCGUGAAAAUCAGACCAAAGCUACAAUUGUCAGAGACCCAAAAACACUUUUCAAAAUGUUAACCAGUCCUGAAAUUGAUGUAAAUAGAGUACAGAUUGUCAAUGACGAGGUUGUUGUUGUCAGCUGGGAGUACAUUGAUGAGCUUACACUACUGCCCAAGCGAGAUUGA